GUCUCUAUACAUUUAUUACCAAUAUAAGAUAUAUCUCACCUCAAGGUAUAAUAAGCUUUACAUAUGAUGUGCAAUACUGAAUAAAUUGUACAAAAGUAACCGAAUCAUAGAUUAAAUAUUUGAUAUGGCGAGCAGUAUUUUUAUACGCCCAUUCUACAGCGGUGCACAGCCAAGCAUGUGCGAAAACGGCAUUGGGCACCCCGAUAAGGGCCUCGGAGAGUCGAGGUGCUUAUCGUCGUCGAUGCGAUGCCCACAAAUCUGCAAGGCCCCCGUCCAGGGCAGGCAUAGCCAAGUUAAAGUUGUGGGAUUCUGGGUAGAUCUUACAGACGUGAGUAGUGCAAAGCAAAGGUGCAUGAGUGGACAGAGACGUCAAGAACACAUCUGUCAAGCUUUUGAAACGUUAUUGGUAUCCUUCUCACGCCAAGAAAAGAGUCUUGUCGAAUCGUAUCAACAUACACAGUAGGUUAGAAAUACUUAUCCAACACUAGCCAUGGACAGCAAAUAUGGGUCCCACUACCCACAGCAGCAGCAAUCACAGCAGCAGCAACCAUUUCAGGUGCAUCCGUCACAGCAAUACAAGAGUCACAACUUGAUUGCCAGAGGAAGACAGAACCAGAUACCAAAAAGGUACGAGUUCCAAAAGAACAUUCCUCAACGCACGUCCUCGCAGCACAACCAGCAGUUGCUACUAAGCAGGAUCAGGGUAGAGGAGGCAAAGUCGCCCCGGAGCCCGUUGUUCCCCGGGCCCACCGCAAGGGAGGGCAGUAUUGGGAGCCAGGGGAGCCAGGGGAGUCGUUUGGGCUUUUCGACGCUGCAACGGGUCAAGAGUACGGGACCUGGCGCAUCCAGCUUAGCCCCAACGGCAAAUCUUGCGCAGUUCAAGCGGCACAGUAUAGCUGACGUCGGCAACUUGGCCAGGUCCUCGAGUGCCAACGUGGUCAGCGGCAAGCACGGCCUGAACGUGUACAACGACAGCACUGUGUUUGAGACUACUGUUGCAGGGUGUCGGAACUACGCUUUUGAGAGGCAGAUGCUGCAGCAGAGACAGUACGAAUACGUGGACGAGGCGAUGCAGCAGCGGAGGAGGAUAGCCUCGGUUGACAUCAGCAACGGCGGGAGAUACAACCGACAACCGGCACAGGCUGCAUUCGUCCCGCACGACCCUGCCGGCCACCACACCCCCCAUUUUUUCAGAAGCCCCCGCUUCAACGGCCGAAGCACCGACAACGUUGCCAACCCCGCCGGCGUGCAGGGCUGGGAGAACGGAGAGGACCCCCACAGCGGCCGCAACUCGAUCUUCGAAGAUCCCAAGGUGGACAACACCGUCGCCAGCGACGACGACGUCAGUACCGUGGACAUGGACGGCCUCGACGAGCCGUUUGCGGACGACGGGAAGUCGGACGUCACCCUACACAGCGCCACCCUGCACGAAGUUCCCUAUGACGCCGACGAGCCGUUUCUUCCGACAAGAACCCAGCAGAGGAAGCUUGCCAUCAAGCACGAGCUGGACGGAGCCGCCGACACCGACAACCUUCCAAUCGGCCAGGAGUGGAUGGACCCAGCCAAUUACACCGGAAAGGUCCACUCCCACCUCUCGUCUGCCUCCUCGGCCUCUACGGCUGCUCCGAGCUCCGCCAGCAGGGGCAACAAGUACGCUCCCGCCCACUGGAUGAACAGCAGUCUUAAGCAGAGAAACAUGUACGAGCAUGUUACCAGUGAGCUCCGUAAGAUGGUCUUAUUCAACGAGAAACCCCUUCUCGAGAGUGUGGCCCGCAACAGGAAGGUGCAAGCGAGCCGUGGCGGUGCUAUUCCCAGUGGCGGUGCAACCGGUGCGCCGAGCCGAGAGGAUGUCGGUGCACUGGUGGCGGGGAUGUGGCAAGAGGCUCGUGGAAGAGCGCUGGUCGGAUAAUAGGGGGUUCAGCAGAUACGGAGAUAGAGCUGGAGAUGAGCCUGAAGAGGACUCCGGAGCCGGUGGCGACCGGUGCAGAGCCUGCGGGGAAGCGGUAGAACAGCAAUGGAUAGAGAAAAUGCACAUGGUGCAACUAAGGACGGACACGGUGACCUGUACGGAGGUACGGGGAGCAUGCCGCUGGUGGACGACAUGCAAGGCAUGAGAGUAAGCUACCAGGGAAGCAGCGCCAGCCAGCCGCAGA